AUGGUCGACUUUGCAGCGACGCAGAAGCGCAUCCUCGAGCGGCGAGCGGCGCGCGAACAGGCACUGACCCGCGCAGACCAGCAGCAGCAGCACGACCGCGCCGCCCAACUCACGCGACUCCCGCCCGCCCUCCGCACCCACGCCUUCUCCCUCCUCAGCCUCUGGGACGCCGCGAAGAGCCCGUACGGCACAUCUCCAGCAUUCCGCGUUGGGCAAGUGGAUGCGGAACUCCUCGACGAAGCCCUCCUCGACCUCCUCAAGAAGCAGGCCGGCGAAGGCUUGAAACUGUUCGGCGCCCACCUCAAGGACGACUGGAACGCCGAGAUCACUGCUCUGCUGCGGAUCGUGUACUGGAAGCUGUCCAUAUGGGACCACGGCACCAGCUACGGCGCAUCACUACAAGGCCUCAAGUACAUCGACUCGCGCGGAAACGCCGCAGAAGCAGAGCGAGUACGCAAAGAAGCGACAAACUGGCAGAGAGCAACAUACGGCUUGAUCACAGUCAUUGGAAGAUAUGGCUGGACUCGCUGGGAAGAACGCCUCGCCACGAUUGAAAACGGCUACGACACCCCGAAUCCUCUCAUACAACGGCUCUCACGACUCACGACGUUUGUCACCACGUCCCACAACAUCGCCGCCUUCUUCUCAUUCCUCGUCUUCCUCUACAACGGCAGAUACAGGACUCUGACCGACCGAAUACUACGACUCCGACUCGUACCUUCAUCCAACCAGACGAGCAGAGAGGUCUCAUUCGAAUUCCUCAAUCGACAGCUGGUUUGGCACGCAUUCACAGAAUUCCUCCUCUUUCUACUACCACUCGUCGGCAUCAGCAGAUGGAGAAGAUGGAUCGAACGAGCAUGGAAGAAGACCAAAAUAACCACCACCAAGAUACUCUCAGGAGCAUCCACCAACCACGACGACGAAGAUGAAGAGCUGCAGAAAGGAGAAUUGGCAUUCCUCCCAGAGAGAACGUGCGCAAUAUGCUACCAAGACCAAAACCCAGCCGGCGGGCAGUCCGAGCAAGACGUAAUAUCGUCGACAUCAGCAGGAGCAAACAGCGGUAUCAUAGGAUCCGCCAUGACAGACAUCACCAACCCAUACGAAGCAGACCCAUGCGGCUGCAUCUAUUGUUUCGUUUGCCUCGCAGAGCGCAUCGAAGCCGAAGAAGGCGAAGGUUGGAUAUGCUUGAGAUGCGGAGAGGUCGUGAAAGAAUGCAGACCUUGGAAUGGAGAUGUGGUGGAGAAGAGACCCAGAAGCAGCCAUUCGAGCGAAGGAGGCAGCAGACCGAGCACCAGAAGAAAGAGUGUAAUGUUUGACUUGCAAGAUGAAGAGAAGAAGAUGAGGGAGGAGCAGGACGAAGAAGACGACGAAGGAGAGAGGGUAUUGGAGACUGUUGACCCCAUGCCGAUGGAGAGUACCGAAGAGAGCUUGGAGUGGAGCAAGUUGGAUGAGGAAGUGCAUGAUGAAGACUACGAGGACGAAGACGAAGACGACGAGUGA